AUGGGUCCCACGGCCACCGAGCGAGCACCGCCCGACCCGCAGCUCCACCGGGGAGCGGAACGGAGCCCGCACGGGCACAGCCCGCCCCGGGCACCCCCGAGCUCCGCACAGAGCGAGCCGGGACCCCCAGCCCUGCCCCGGAGCCGCCCCUUCCCCCGGCCCGCCCGCUGCCUUUACCUGCGGCGAGAGCGCCGGGCGGGCUGGGCUCGGCGGCGGCUCCCGGGCUGGGGCGCGGUGCGGAGCGGCGGCUCCCGGGACGGGGCGCAGCUCCCGGCACAGCGGCCGCGCUCACUGCGCGGGCGGCCCCGGCUGGCGAGCCCGCAGCGGCGCAGAGCCGCGCAUCCCCCGCGGGACGCGCCCGGGGCAGGCAGGAGGGCGGCGAGGCGAGGCAGGAGCCGGCCCGGCGCCCCGUCCCGUGCCGUGCCCUGGCUCGGCCGCAGCGGCUACCGCCUCAGAGGGGCGAGCCCGCCGUGCCCGGCGCCAGCUGCCUCCUCCCCCGCGCGGGCAUCGCCGAGCAGCGCGCCGCGGGUCCCGCUCCGCUCCAUCCAGCCGCCCGCCCCGAGCCGCCGCAGCUUUGUCACGCCGACAGCCCCCUCGGGUGGGAGAACCUGGGUGUAUUUUGCUUGUUGGCCCAAGCACUCCCCAUUUCUGCUUGCAGCUGAUCAAUGCCCGCUGGUUUGUUCCACUGCAGCCCUGGUCUCACUGGAGCAGCUGGUGGCUGUGGCAGCUUCCCUGCAGUGUUACAUCAGCUCAGAUUCCUCUCUGGUGACACCGCAGGGUUCAGCAGAGGUGCUCCAACUUCCAGGCACAGAGCAGGAGGUGUGAAGUCAGCCUCUCACCAGGGUUCGUGUUACAGUUUAAAUCCUGGAGGGAGCAGCAAGCUGGAAGGCAGGGAGUAAAGUGUGGGCACUCUGUACGUUCUGGGUCCUGUGACCCAGCUGUCCCACAGCACCAAACCCCAGCACAUCCCUCCUGC